AUGGGGGUGCGAGAUAUAAAUGUAGAAACAAGUGAUGGAAAGCUUAAUGAACCCUUAAAAAAGGAUGCAGCAACUAUGUAUGCGGACGAAGAAAAUUGGAUUAACGAAAUAAAGGUGCUUCCUACGUGUGAUACUUUAGCCGAAACUAUACAAUUAGAUAGUAAUAAUAAAUCUAUAAUAGACAAGUCCAAUUUGGACCUGGAGAAAGACGAAAAUAGAAUAGAAAUUGAACAAAAAUUAUCAUCUAUGGAGCAAGUUGUAGAAAAAGUGGUCGAGUUAUUCGUUGUGGAUAACGCAAUACAUACUAUAGAAGAAGAACACAAACACACGGUUAAUUUAAGUAAACAGAGUCACAAAGUGACGAAGGCCGACGUUAUUGACAACGAUGAUGAACAUGUACAAUUAUCUUAUAGUAAACCAAAAGCUCUAGAUUCGGAGGCUGCUGAAGGAACAUCAAGUCCUACCCAGUCAACUAGUAGCCGCGCUACACGUUGGGAGGCGCUUGCUGACAUCGCUGCCGAGCUGCCCCCUUCACUGGCUGUCGACCCGCUUACGGGACAAAUAUAUGCACUUUCCAAAUAA